AUCGCGGGUCAGUAUGUUCCUCCCGGAGCGCUACACAAUUUCCCUCACCUCCACCGGCACCCCACCAACAGGCUACCCUGUGUACACCUGGCCAAUGUUCCCGUUUACCGCAUACGACGCUAAACGAGCAGAGGUCACCCUGUCUUUGCCGACGGUUAACCCCGCGGAAACACUGCGCGUGGAGUUUGGUCGAGAUUACUCCGACAAGCCAUCGUCGAUCAUCACGUCGAUCAGCACCACCGCCAGCACCGUAACACUAACAAAAGUCAAAGGAAAUGGGACCUUCUAUUUCCGCACGUGUCUCGCAGCGAAAUGCAGUUGGAAAGUGACCUUCCAUAUCUCACCCGAGUCCUUGCAUAACUGCACGGGAGCAGAAUUCCUCGUCUCCGCCAACAGCUUUACAUUCGAUGCCGGCAGACACUACUGCAUAGACCAAGGGAAGGUCAUGCUCACGUUUAACACGCUGCGCCUGGUCUCGCAGAACAACAGCUGUUUCCGCGAGAGUGUCAUCCGAACUCUCCGCAAUAAUAGACAUGAUAAGUUCUGGGUCUCUCAGGUUGGCUUCUAUGAUAAUUAUGAGGCGUACGACCCAGUGGCCAAUGAAGUGCACUACGACAAGGGAACGAAUGCGGUCGUCUGCCACCGAAACAACUUGGACACGUGUUCGACUUGGACUAAUAGACCUUGCUCCCGGGAACAGCUGUGUCGUUCGACCAGCUUCACUACCCAAGUGUGCCAUGAUACGAUUAUUCAGAGGCCCAUCACUAGAAUGGAGCGUGGAAAGAUUGUAAAAUACUCGGUCCACUACGAGCUGUGGAAUGGAAACCUCAGAUACGGGUCUCGAAAUGAAGCAAUUAAAAAUUGCGAACUAAAUCAAUUUCGCCCUUCCCACGCUGGCCCCUUCCGAAUGGAGGAGUACGCCUCGUAUAACCACAUCUAUCUUGCCGUCAACAAGAUGCUCAAGGCGAUCGGAGUAGGCAUCGACGUGCUCGUCGACACCUUAACUACCACACCUACCCUUAACGGCGUAUACCGCACUUUCCGGUACACACCAGAAUGGGGCAUGACCAACUUGCUCACCAAGCCCGUUCCCACACGAGGCGUUAUCAUAUGCACCUCGCUUCACCGUAGUCCUUAGGCGAGGACAAGGAAACUGAUCAGUUCAGCUCAGCUUUUGCUUAUAUUUCAUCCCAUAACAAUUUUAAACAAUACAUCCCUGUCAGUUUGCCAUUUUUACUCAAGAGAGCUCGGUCAACAAUAAUGUUUGGCUUGCGUUUUCCAAUGACAAUUGUUUGAACAUGAAGAACAGGGAAAUCAGCCGCAAACUCCAGGCUUCAUUUGCACUGAUGUGCUAUUACUCAAUGUGCUUAAUGUGCUCAAUGUGCUUACUCAAUUACUUGUGCUUUCAGAACCUUUUGUCAUCAACAUCUGUGUGCCACCUUGGCCGUUUUUUCCCCUCAUUAUCCAUGCUGCCCUUGUGCUCCUGCGGCUUUUCACCGGGGGGUACUGAAAAAGUACCAACGGUAUUUUACGACAUGUAGUACGCAUACUCUCUGCAUUUACCACCCCCGUUUUGAUACACGCACUGCUAACCACUCUGAGGCCUGCAAAGAACACAGUCAUCUCUCCCACUAAUCAAGACUUACACACUGAUUUUCGCGCCUUUGGCUUUAACUAUUAUCCCAGGAAUGUGACCGUAAGGGAGCAUGCAUUAAUAAACUUCUU